GCACAGAACACGGGAGCGGACUCCAGGGGGCGUGGAGUGCACCCUUGGGUUCCGAGCUGGUCACAGCUGGGCUGCGGCGCGAGCAGAGAAGCUGAGAGUCGCGUGACAACAGCUGACCAAUCCGAGGCGGGGACUCCACGGGGCACGCCCAGUCCCCUUACUCCUCCACCUCAGACUCCAGGGCAAGCAGCGUCCGCGUCCUCGCUCCUCCGCUCUCUGAGGCAGAACUUGGAGGCAUGGCCACCCAGUCUCACUUGGAGAAGGAGCAGAAGCAACAGCAGGGUGAGGGGCCCACAGGGCCAAAGAACGAAGUCAUCGCUGCCCCUGGCGACGCCCUCGGGACCGGCCACGGCGAUGCCGGCCCCUCGGUGCCCACGGUCUGGAGCGUCCACGGUCUGGAGCGUCCGGUCUCCAUCGGAGCCGUACCACCCCGCCACCAGGCCCUGUCCUGCGAAGCCGCGCCACCCUGCGCCGCCCUGCUGCCUGCUGCUUCUGUGCACCCCCGGCAAGGCCCUGAUGUCCACCGGAGGGCAUCUGAGCCAGGCCCUGCAUGCCGCCCGCGGAGUGCGUCUGCAUCUACAGCUGCAUCUGCGCGAGGCCCCGCACCCAGCUCUCGCCAUGCAUCCGCGCCGCCACGUUGUGCUGUCCCGAACCACACCUCCAGGUUGGGUACCGCUCUUCACAGCCCUGGAUCCGCACCAGGUCCUGCUCGCCGCCGCUGUGCGACCCCUGCGGGCCCUGCUCGCCGCCGCUGUGCGAUCCCUGUGGGUCCUGCUCGCCAGCGCUGCGCAUCCACUCCAGGUUCCUCUGGCCACAGCCGCCGCGCUCCCAGGCCUGGCGGUGGUCUCGGACGGCCUGCUUCUGCGCCUAGCCCAGCUUCCCCCCCUGCCCUCCGUAGCAGCAGCACGACUGCAGGCUUUGUCUCCCGGAGCCGCCCCACCCAGAGAAGCUCCUCCUCCUCUUCCCCUAAUUUUGAUGACCUGGCCUCCAUCUCUGCUCCUAGCCCUGCUAGCCUCAGAAGAGCCUUGCUCCUGGAGUUUGAUGCUCUGAGCCCUGCCUCUCCAGGAGAGCAGGCUGAAAUACAGAGCAUCCCUGACUCCCCUACACCUCCCCCAGCUUUCCAGUUCACAGGUCCUCUUCCUCUGCCCCCUAAUUUUCGUGGCUCGGCCUCCAUGGCCACUCCUAGCCCUGCUACCCUUACACAAGCCCUGCUGCUGGAGUUUGAUGACCUGAGCCCUGUCUCUUCAGGAGAGCAGGCUGAAGUAGAGAGCACCCCCUUACUCCCCUGCACGCCCUGA